AUGAGUGAAGUAAAGAGGCUUAGACAAGAAAAUCUAAGGCUUAAGGAUCAAAUCCAAGCUUUAUCCAAAGAGGUUGAGCAAAUGAAACUUUUGCUUCAACAGAGUUCCAUACAAUUAGCGGGUGAACCACCAACAACCGCAAACGCUACUCUGAGUCGUGAAGGUGAGAAGAGCUUAAGCUUCCUUAGCGAUAAGCACGAUGAAUUGAUUUUGUUUAAAACAAAUGCAAUGGCCGAACUAGAGCGAAUCGCUAAGAAGAUUGAAGCUGUUAAUGAAAAAGUCAAAAACAUCAGUGAAGCAAUAGAAAGCAUGGAAAAUUACAGCUACCAAUAUAAUAUAAAACUUGUUGGAUUCCCCGAACUCUAUGAACAUGAAUCGGCGAAUGACACUGCAAAACUAUUCCUUGAAAUCUUUAAAGCCAUCGGCGCAAGUGAAUUGACUGUUCAAGAUAUUGAUAUCGCUCACCGUGUCCAAUCAAGAAGUGAUACUGGGCCCAAACCAAUUAUCUGUAAAUUCGUUCGAAGAUUGGCGAAGGAAAAUGUAAUGAACCACCGACGAGAAGUGGAAAGUAUUUCUCCAUCUACUCUGGGGUACAGUUCGGAAACUUCUUUGGAGCAAGCCAAGAUUUAUGAUCACUUAACACCAAGAUUACAGCACCUCUUAUCAGAAGCAAAUAAAUUUAAGACAGCGCAUCAAUUUCAGUAUUGUUGGGCGAAAAAUGGCCAAAUUCUUCUUCGCAAGACGCAUGAAUCUAGAGUGAUCAAGCUGAAGUCAGUUAAAGACUUGAGCAGGCUAACGAAUAGUCUGGAAUUUGAGUGA